UCUACCGACUGUCAAUAUUUUGGAAUAGGCCGAGGAGUGAACUGAAAAAGUUAGCUUUUGUUUUUGUCAGAGUUUUGUCACGAAUCAUAAUGGCAUCGAAUGAUCCAUUAGAGGACAAACGAGUUGAAGAUUUAGCUGCACAUCUUGCAGAGACAACAGAUAAGAAUGUUCCGAAUCUGCUGCUCGCCUUGCAAGAUAUUCUUGAUAGUGUUGUACCUGGCUCGCAGAGGGCAGAGAAGAUCAAGAAAGAGAUCUGGAAUUUUGAACUUCUACAGAGCGUCCUUCUUGCUCUCAAGCAGGACUUCUCUCUCAUCAAUGGCAAGUGGAAUACUGCUGCUGCACUUGCUAAAAUCUUAGCGCAUUGCUCCGUUGGUCUUGAUCCUCCUGACUCCCAUGAAUUCCAUGCUCUCUUCUUGCCCGAGGCAACCGAACGUCUCCUCAUCCUCUCCCGUAACAUACAGCACAGAUACUGCAAGAUUCCAGAAAAAACUCUGACCCUCAAGGAUGAUCUCAUCAAGAAUUUCAAAGAGGUUGUGGACUCACUGCAGUGGCUCUACAGUGGUCACUUAUUUCUGACUACAAAUGUGUUGAGAUCAAACUAUCUCCUUCAGAUGCUGAUAACUGAUGACAGAGAGACAAGUGUUGUUCUUCUUGGAAUGGUUCAGAGUGCUGUCAGGGUCAAUUCGUUGGUUCUGAAUACACUGGAUGAGAAAGUGGUACACAGUUUGCUGGAUGAAAUCAUCUUCAAAUUAUCCGCCUUCAACGAUGCUGAGAUUGGAGCUGCAGCAACGAGGGCGCUUGUCAACAUUGCAGACGUUCACACCCCUCUUAUCAGAUUGCUCUAUACAAGAUACAAAGGAUUGAGGCCCUUGUUAAGUCGUUGGACUGGAAGAGGAUUUGGGCGAGAUUUGAAGAGACUUCUUGCCUUACUUGAUGCCGGAUCAGCUCAACAAGCCGAGCUUAAUAGACUGCACCGAGCAGCAACCACCAUUCAAGCAAUAUGGAGAGGUUUCUUACAAAGAAAGAGAUUAAAAAGAGCCAAUAGAGGUCUAGCAACACUUCAGAGGUCAUACAGGGCAAAGAAGGAGGAGAAGUCAAGGAUCCAGGAGUAUGAGAGAGAACAGAAGGAGCUGGAGCAUCAGCUCCUGAUGGCAAGGAGAAAAGCUAUCCGAGAAACCAGACAGAAACAGCUGGACAUGAUCAGUGCGAUGCCUCCAGGAGAUGUCAACAAGUACCUUGAAAUGUCACAGAUCCAAUGUGCCAUCAGAAUCCAGGCAAGAUGGAGGGGAGUCCUGGAGAGACGUAAGUUAGGCCUCAGGAAAGCCACAGCUCAGCAGGUCAAGGCUGCCAUCACCAUCCAGAGACUUGUAAGGAGAUUUCUCAAGAAGCAAGAGGAAAGGAAGAAGGAGCCAUUGCUAUGGCAACCACCCCCUGGUCUGGAUGACGAUAGGCGGGUGGAGCUGCAGAAGAUCAUUGAUGAGAAACGGAACAAAGAAACGCCCAAGGAACGCAGCCGGGAGGCCCAAGAAGAGCUUCAUAAACAAACCCAGGAGAUGCUUCUCAGAUACUUUGCAUUCAGAGGAAAGCAGAGGAAGAACUACCAAAGAAGAGAAGCACUUCUUGCCUCCCUUGAAACGGAUGCUGACUUGUUAACAAAUGCACCCAAGUUGGACGAUGCGAGCAACCGGGACGUCUACACCUUCACCAGCCAUUCAGCACCAAUCGCCGCAAAGGCUCUAUCAAAUCACCGAGAGGAACUCCUACUCCUCAGGCAACCAUGGUGGAGGAAACUCCAUAUAGAGGAGAAAACCGACGACGAAAUUGCAGAAGAAUACGACACAGAAUUCAAGAUCCUUUGAGAGUUUUGAGGGAUUUUUAUUUUCAU